GUCAAAAUGGGUUGCGGAACAAGCAAGCCGUCCUCUCCACGCUCUACCGCCUCUAUCCCAACCCAAUGGCAAGACCCUUACAUCUCCCUCACCUCGCAAAAUCUCUGGCUAGUCCGCACAUCUAACAGCGCAAUCAGCCACUGGGAAAUCCUCCUCAUGCCCGACCACGCCACGGCAAAAGGCCACAUGUACGGCCUCUGGAAGAACAACGGCCCGGGCUCCAAAAACUCUUCUCGAAUCUCAUGCAAUUCCACUUCUACAGGGGUCCAAACAAAAACCACUACCACGGAUCUCUUCGUCUCGGAAACAGAAGUUGAUCGCGCGCGCAUGGACCGCGGAGCAUGGCAUUACUUCCGCGUCCCAGGCGCGGUCAGUACACGCAGCCGGCUCAGCAAAGCGUGUUUUUGUCAUAGAGGUGCUCAGGGUGCUGAAUCAGUGGGAUGCGGCUAUGGUGCCGCUCGGGGCCAUCGAGCAGGUGAGGAAGAAGGGGAUGGUGUCGGUGCGGAGAGCGACGGUUGUGCCUGGGCGGGCGAGCUUAAAAGUUCCGGCGAGGGGGAGGUUUACGUCGGAGAUGAGUCAGGGAUCUUCGAGGGGAUGGGGGAGUGGGAGGGGGCGUGCGUCUGAUCGGUCGUCUAUGCCU